AACUUUCGGCAGGCAUUCCAAAUGCUUUCGGCCAACUUCUGUAGAAUUUUGUACCCAAGAGCAGGACCUGCUGAGGCAAAAGAUCACAAGAGCAGAGAACAGGGAGCAGAAGCUGAAGCACAGCCCUGAUGGGCAGAAGGACAGGGACAUUAGAGCAAGGGGCGGGCAAGCGCCAGGCAAAGCAAGAUAAAACCGAAAUCAAGAAGAAAUUGUAAACAGCAAAUAAUAAAAACGAAAAGUAAACAUGCAAAGCGUUUUAAUGUGGGCUCAUCAAUUUCAAGGCAUGCCGUGCAGCACACCCACCCAUCCAAGCUUCCCCCAUAUACAACACACACACACCUCACUCCAGUGCAUCCAAAACUCAAAACACACUCAUCAUUUGGUGAUGGCCGAGCAUUAGUUCCAUUUGCAUCACUUAGCUUAAGAAGAGGUUAAGGACUUUGGCUUUAAGGCGAAACGCAAUAGAUCUGGUGCAAGAUGGAGAGACGCGGACGCAUACCAGUGGCCAAGUUCCGCACCCAGGAGGCCAAGACGCGCAGCCGGAGUCGAGUGCGGGAGCCGGACUACAACGAGCAGGACCCCGAGCACGAUAUGUUCACGCUGCUGGAGGAUAACAUAGCUCUGCGAGAGGAGAACAAGGCGCUCAAGCUGGAGAUUGAGACGCAUAAAACCACACAGGAGGAGCAACAGACUCAGCACGAAAAGCUGUGCGCCCAGCUGGAAAGUUUACAGCAGCACCAGACCAACUUUGAGACCCAAAUCAAGGAGAUGAGCUCCAAGUUCAGCAAGGCUCUGAACGAGAGAAACGCCCUGGACAAGCUGCACAAAAUGAAGGUCGAUCAGAUACACAAUCUCACAAGCGAACUGGAGCAUAUGCGCGAGAAGCAGACGACGGUUCAGGCCCCUCUAAUUAGUCCUCGCACCGUUUUUGGAUCCGUGGAACUCAAACGAAAGCUGUUCAAAAUCCUGCAGCAGGGCAGCACGGACAGUGGCGACAGUGUCGGCGGCACUCAAGAUCUGGAUAGCCUUGUGGAUGUGAAUUCGGAUGAGGUGCCCAUCACCAGUGGCCUGGUGGAACGUCUGGCCGAUGAGUUCCUCACCCUGAAAAAUGCCACCAAUGCCGUGGAGCUGCAACUGUACGAGGCCAACGAGAAGAUGGCCGAACUGCUGGAGCAGCAACAUUCAUGGGAGGAGGAGAACGAAUCCCUUCGCACGGAGAACAGCAACCUCACGAAAGUGGCCAAGCUGCUCACCGAAAACAUGAAGGAGAGUGUGGAAACCAGCCAGAAGAUGGAGGCAGCUCUGAUCAAGCUGAAGCAGCGCAAUGACGAGCUGACAGCAAAGACUCGGGAUCUGACCGACGGGCAGCAGGCGGGAUCAAGGGUCAGCACAUCGUCGAGCGUGCUCAACGAGCAGGCAGAGUUCGAGCAGAUCCAGGAUCAGGUGCAGCAGCAGGCGAGGGAGCACAAUGAGCGCAUCGUAGAAAUGCAAAGUCUAAUGGAUGCGGCUAUUGCCAAAACUACUAACGAUGAACUAAAAAAAUUACAACUUAAGUUGGAGAUCCUCGAGGAGCAGCUGCGCGAGGCUCACAUGCGGGCCGACCGUGCCGAGGAGAAGCUGGCCCACUUAGAGCAAAAGUCCGAGCAAAAGGCGCUGGCUGCUCCACCACCGCCGCCACCUCCUCCUCCUCCUCCGCAACUUAACUCUAAAUCCAGUGCGGCGGCAGCUGGCGGCGGCAGCUUCAGCGACCACAUUGCAGGGCACAGUUUGCGGAAAGGCAGCGCUGACAAGAUCAUUGAGAACGUGAAGCAUCAGGUACAGGCCGAGGCGGCUACAGGUCUUGACGCUCUGAUGCGAGAGUUCAAGUCGGGUGGCGUGACCCUGCGGAGGCGCAACCGUCGCAAAACGGGCACCAGCGAGGCCCUUAAGGAGAUGUUCCAAGUGCUAGAGAUAAGUCAGAAGCAGAACCGCAACUCUAAGAUCUGCGUUGACCUGCAUUCGAGCCGUGGCGUUGAUGUCUAAGUCCUGUUUGUGUUCCAGCUUCUGCUCCCUCUGCUCUCUUACACUUUGGUCUCAAAUCUCAGGACUCCGCUGAUGUCCCUGAACAACAACGAACAUUCCGUGCAUUUUCAAACUGUAUUAUUAUUAUGUGCCUUCAUUUCGAUGGGGAGAAUCAAAAGCCAUUUUAAAAUUUACUAAGCUUAAGGUCCUACUUUCAGGACGAAUCUAAAGGAGAUGGAAAAACAUAGACGUUUUUUGGUUUAUACAUAUAUUCUAUAUAGAAACUAGGGAUGUGCAUAUAUCGGCCCAAGAGGUCUGUCCUAUUUUUUAUAUAUUCAACUUUAAAAUAUUAAAUAAUAUUGCAUUUAUCGUUAAAUAAUAGAUAUUAUCGAAAAAUAUCCGAAAAUUUGAUCAACGUUUCUCUUUCCGGUCUUCUUGAGGGAUAUUAUGAUUUUAGUCACUGAAAAGUCAUUUCUGACCUCAUAAGUCAUAUAUAUUCACAGGCAUGUCUAUCUAGCUAUCGCGGGAAGAAACAAAUUUGUUCGCCUUUUUCAAAAUUGCCAAAAAUUGACAAAUUUUAAUUUUUGAAAAUAUUAAAUUCAGUAUGCAGAUU